AUGGCCGGUCAGAACAGCUCUUCGUCGACUGGAAAGGCUCUCUAUGACCCGGACUUCACUGACCGGGUCAUUGCCGCCACGGGCCCCGACGCCAACCCACGUCUGGCUCAAAUCAUGCCCAGUCUAUUGCGGCAUCUGCACGAUUUUGCGAGAGAAGUCGACUUGACUGUGGCAGAAUGGAUGGCCGGUGUGCAAAUCAUCAACGAGGCGGGUCAAAUGUCCAACGACAGCCGCAACGAAACCCAACUGGUUUGCGAUAUUCUCGGUCUCGAAUCCCUCGUGGACGAAAUCACCUCGAAGCAGCUCCAGCUCAAGACCACAACUUCCCUCGAACAUAACCCCACCUCCUCUGCCAUUCUCGGCCCCUUCUACCGUUACAACGCCCCUGUCUUGCCCAACGGCAGCUCCAUCGUCUCCUCGCUUGACUUCCCAGAAUAUCAAAGGGCCUCGACGCACCUGUCCGGCCGCGUCCUCGACCAGAAUGGCAAACCCAUUGCCGGCGCGGUCGUCGAUAUCUGGCACACGGCUCCCAACGGCAUGUACGAGCAGCAGGACGCGGACCAACCGGACAUGGACCUGCGAGGUCGGUUCCGCACCGAUGCGGAGGGGAAAUACUCGCUAUAUUGUCUCCGGCCGGUCCCCUACCCCGUGCCCGGUGACGGGCCCGGCGGGAAGAUCCUAAAGUUGCUUGACAGACACCCGUACCGUCCCGCACAUUUACACUUUAUCGUGUCCGCAGACGGGUACAGGCCUUUGACGACGCAGUUGUUCGACAGCGAGGACAAGUACCUCGAGAACGACUCUGUUUUUGCAGUCAAAAAGGACCUGGUGGUCGUGUACAAGCCGAGCGAGUCUGACCCCAAAGCGGCAUGGACCCUGGAUUACGACUUUGUCCUGUUGACCGCCUGA